AAGUGUCUAGCGGAUCUUCUUCCGGGCGGACGCAGAGGGCCGGAAGCAGAGGUUCCGGGUUCCGGCCUCCGGGAUGAAAGGAGGGAACGCAGGUGAGAAAGCGAGACGGGCAGGUGGGGAAAUGGUGUGGUAAACGCAGUGCUAGCUCGAUGUGGCGGAGGCUGGAGAUAAAGCGAGGACCCUAAAGAACCGGACGGACAGCUGGCAGAGAGAGAAGUCAGCCAUCAUGGAAUCACCAGAGGAGCCUGGAGCAUCCAUGGAUGAGAACUACUUUGUAAACUACACUUUCAGAGAUCGGUCACACUCAGGCCGGGUGGCUCAAGGCAUCAUGAAACUGUGUCUGGAGGAAGAGCUCUUUGCUGAUGUCACCAUUUCAGUGGAGGGCCGAGAGUUUCAGCUCCAUCGGCUGGUCCUCUCAGCUCAGAGCUGCUUCUUCCGGUCCAUGUUCACUUCCAACCUGAAGGAGGCCCACAACCGGGUGAUUGUGCUGCAGGAUGUCAGCGAGUCUGUUUUCCAGCUCCUGGUUGAUUAUAUCUACCACGGGACUGUGAAACUUCGAGCCGAUGAACUACAGGAAAUUUAUGAGGUGUCAGACAUGUAUCAGCUGACAUCUCUCUUUGAGGAAUGUUCUCGGUUUUUGGCCCGCACAGUGCAAGUGGGAAACUGCCUUCAGGUGAUGUGGCUGGCAGAUAGGCACAGUGAUCCUGAGCUCUACACUGCUGCCAAGCACUGUGCCAAGACCCACCUGGCCCAGCUGCAAGGCACAGAGGAAUUUCUCCACUUGUCCCACCAUCUGCUCACUGAUAUCAUCUCGGACGGAGUGCCAUCUUCCCAGAACCCAACAGAGGCCAUAGAAGCCUGGAUCAAUUUUAACAAAGAGGAAAGAGAGGCUUUUGCAGAGUCACUCAGGACUAGCUUGAAGGAAAUUGGGGAGAAUGUGCAUAUUUACCUAAUAGGGAAAGAGUCAUCUCGUACUCACUCGUUGGCUGUGUCCUUGCAUUGUGCAGAAGAUGACUCAAUUACUGUAAGUGGCCAAAACAGCUUGUGCCACCAAAUCACUGCAGCCUGCAAGCAUGGCGGAGACCUGUAUGUCGUGGGAGGGUCCAUUCCACGGCGCAUGUGGAAGUGCAACAAUGCCACUGUUGACUGGGAAUGGUGUGCACCUUUGCCCCGAGACCGGCUUCAGCACACCCUGGUGUCUGUGCCCGGGAAAGAUGCCAUAUACUCGCUGGGUGGCAAGACACUGCAGGAUACCCUCUCCAAUGCAGUUAUCUACUACCGGGUAGGUGAUAACGUCUGGACGGAGACAACCCAGCUAGAGGUGGCUGUGUCAGGGGCAGCUGGUGCAAACCUCAAUGGGAUCAUCUACUUACUAGGGGGGGAGGAGAAUGACCUGGACUUCUUCACCAAACCAUCCCGACUUAUCCAGUGCUUUGACACAGAGACAGACAAGUGCCAUGUGAAGCCCUAUGUGCUGCCUUUUGCAGGCCGCAUGCACGCAGCUGUGCAUAAGGAUCUGGUGUUCAUCGUGGCCGAAGGGGACUCCUUGGUGUGCUACAAUCCCCUACUAGACAGCUUCACCCGACUCUGCCUUCCUGAGGCCUGGAGCUCUGCCCCAUCCCUCUGGAAGAUCGCCAGCUGUAAUGGGAGCAUCUAUGUCUUCCGGGACCGGUAUAAAAAGGGAGAUGCCAACACCUAUAAGCUUGACCCUGCAACUUCAGCUGUCACUGUCACCAGAGGCAUUAAGGUGUUGCUUACCAAUUUGCAGUUUGUGUUGGCCUAAGUCUGUUGGGGAGAGGAGGGAGAGCAACUGACUCCUGUGCCCUCCCCUUUUUCAGCACCUACCCAUCCAAACUCAAAGUCCCUGGGCCCCAAAUCAGAGUAUUGUGUUAUUUUCUGGCACGUAUUGGAGAGGCAGUGCCUCAGCCCUUCCCCAAAUCCAUCAUGGUGGUGUUUGGGGCUUUUUAGACUGCUGCUGCUCACCUGGCUGCUUGAACUGAGAGUAGGCCAUCCUGUUCGCUGCCGUUCCCUGGUAACCCUGUGCCUGAUUAUAGACUGCUUAGAGAAAGCCUCUUCUCAGACCUAAGGCACAGCCCUCUCUCCUUACCUGAUGAAUGUUAGAAGCACCCCUGAUCCCAAGACACAGAGAAAGAUGCCCAAUCCUACUUUUUUCUAUAGUCUGCGAAGUGGCCAGUUGAUCGUUUUUUUCACAAAGAAGUAGGUGUUAGAGUUUUACUUCAGGCCUUGGUUGGGAGAAUGGACUAAGCUGAAGGUGUACUUCACCAGCAAGAGUCAACUCUAGAAUUCAGGAUGUUCCUUCUAUUGUCUUCUUAUCUAUCAGGAAAUGUAUACUUUGGUUUUGUUUUUGGCUUAGACUCCAUUCCUCUGUGAGGGGUAUAAGCCAGAAAGUAGAAAGGAUUAUUUCUGAUUAAUAGCUGAAACUGUUUUUUCAAACUCGAAUAUAUAAAGUGUCUGCUCUUUUAAAAGCUCUAAGCUAAGUCAAGAGCCAGCAACUGUUGAUAUAAAUAAAAGUUUUUGAAGGGA